UGUUCCAGAUACCUGCUCUGUUCUUCCCCUGAAGUCACCAGAGCCAACGGCACCUCCUUCAUCUCUCUACCCUCCGCCUCUUCCAUCCUCCCUGAGUCUCAAGCUGAUCUCCUUCUCCUCGAUUCUGGUCCCCCACCCCCAUACCCUAGGGACGUUUCUGCUGCUGCUAACGACUGUGACCCGGUCCCGGUCACUCCACUGAUCGCACAAGGACCCCCACAGGAAGAGGGCCCGGCACAUGGGACUCGGAGCUGGAGGGCACAGCCCCCAGAUGAUGUAGCCGUUACCCUGCCUCUUCGGCCCAUGGGACCUCCCGUUCCUGACGGUCAAGGGGGGGACAUGCCGGCGCUGCAAUACUGGCCCUUCUCUUCCUCUGACCUUAACUGGAAGGGAAAUAACCCACCCUUCUCAGAAGACCCUACCAGACUAACCGAUCUUCUUGAGUCCCUUAUGUUCUCUCAUCAGCCUACCUGGGAUGAUUGUCAGCAACUCCUCUCUGUCCUUUUCACUUCUGAGGAAAGGGAUCGCAUUCUUCUUGAAUCCAGAAAACUGGUCCCUGGCCCUGAUGGACGACCCACUCAGCUACCAAACCUUAUAGAUGAGACUUUCCCCUUGUGACGACCUAACUGGGACCCUAAUACGCCUGCAGGUAGGCAGCGACUCUUGCUUUAUCGCCAGACUCUGAUGGCAGGUCUCCGUGUGGCGGUACGCCACCCUACCAGUUUGGCUAAGGUAAGAGAGGUACCCAAGGAAUCCCCAUCCAGAUUUUUAGAACGACUAAUGGAAGCCUAUAGGCGAUAUACCCCUUUUGAUCCUGAGUCUGAUGAGCAUAGGGGGGCUUUGGCAAUGGCUUUCAUAGGUCAGUUGGCCACUGACAUCCGGAGGAAGCUCCAGCGGAUGGAUGGAUUGCAAGACAUGGCCCUUAGGGACUUAGUUAAGGAGGCUGAGAAAGUGUUCUACAAAAGAGAGACUGCGGAAGAAAGGGAGCAGAGAUUAAAGAAAGAACGAGAGGAAAAAGAAAGUCUGAGGGACAGACAUAGAAAUAGGGAAUUGGCAAAAAUACUAACCACUUUGUUAGAAGACAAGAUAGAGCAGGAAGAGGCAAACUUGGGCCCACGCCAGAGACUAGGUCCUAACCAAUGUGCCUAUUGCAAAGAAGAUGGACAUUGGGCUAAAGAUUGUCCAAAGAUAAAGAAAAAGACUGUGGAUCUCCUUGCUUUAGAUAAUUAGGGCCGUCGGAGUUCGGAUCCCCUCUCCGAACUCAGGAUAACCUUUAGUGUGGAGGGGACUCCCAUUGAUUUUGAGGUGGACACGGGGGCCAUCUAUUCAGCCUUGCAGGCCCCCUUGGGACCCCUUUCGAGCUGUAAAUCUUUGGUUCAAGGGGCAAACAGCUGUCAACACAGCUCCCGGACCACCAAGAGAACCAUGGACUUAGGACGAGGGACUGUACAACACUCCUUCCUGGUCAUCCCAGAGUGCCCUGCCCCACUACUAGGAAGAGAUUUACUCACUAAACUGGGAGCUAGUAUAAAUUUUAAACCUGGAGGGCCCGAGGUGACCUUCAGUAACCCCCUUGUUGACUCACCUGUUGUAACUAUGCUUACUCUGUCUACCGAUGAUGAAUGCUACUCUCUUCGAGACGGUAAGAGAUGGCUGACGGCGGCCAGGAAACGAACCAUCACCCAGAUUCCACCCCCACAAGAUCGUAGGGGUCUUCGGGAGUUCUUGGGCACUGCAGGAUUCUGCCGAUUGUGGAUACCGGGGUUCACGGCCCUGGCGGCUCCCUUAUAUCCCCUUUUAAAGGACAAUGUUAACUUCACCUGGGGGCAAAACCAGCAAACCGCCUUUGAUCUCAUCAAAAGGGCGCUGUUAUCAGCCCCGGUGUUGGCACUCCCCGACGACGUUGAAAAACCCUUCACCCUCUAUGUCGAUGAGAAGGAGGGAGUGGCCAAGGGGGUGUUGACACAAUCCUUGGUCCCCUGGAAAAGGCCGGUGGCCUACCUCUCCAAGAGGUUGGGCUCAGUCUCCAGAGGUUGGCCAGGGUGCCUCCGAGCAAUUGCCACCAUGGCCGCCAUGGCCGUCCUGGUUAAGGAUGCUGACAAGCUUACCUUGGGUCAGAAAUUGACUAUCAUAGCCCCCCAUGCGUUGGAGAGUGUAAUUAGGCAGCCCCCUGACCCGUGGCUGUCGAACGCUCGCAUGACUCACUAUCAGAGCCUCCUGCUGGAUAAAGACAGAAUUACUUUCGGCUCCCCAGCCAUUUUAAAUCCUGCUAUGCUAUUACCUACAGAGGGGGAAGACGAUGUCCUCAAUCAAUGUGAGGAAAUCCUCGCCGAGGAAGCUGGGAUUCGAGACCUACGGGACACUCCGCUGCCCCAAUCCGACUGUAUUUGGUACACUGAUGGCAGCAGUUUUCUACAUAACGAGGAACAUAGGGCUGGGGCAGCUGUAGUGGAUAAGGACAAAGUGAUCUGGUCGAGUCCGCUAGUCUCGGGAACAUCAGCCCAAAAGGCAGAACUCACAGCAUUGACAAAGGCCCCACAGCUAGCUGAGGGAAAACGGGCCACCAUAUACACAGACAGUAGAUAUGCGUUCGCCACUACACAUGUACACGGGGCGAUAUACAAGGAGAGAGGUCUGCUUACCUCUGCAGGCAAGGACAUUAAGCACAAGCAGGAGAUUUUGGCCCUCCUAGAUGCUGUCAUGCUUCCGCGGGAAUUAGCCAUUGUUCAUUGUCCAGGACACCAACAGGGACAAGACCCUGUGGCACAGGGAAACCGGAGAGCGGAUGCUGAAGCCCACGCAGCGGCCAUGAGAACUAAUAUCCUUGUGGCAGGAACAGGGACAGAAACAGAACCUUCUUCCACUCCAACCCCGCUGGAAGAGCCAAAGGAUUUGCAGAUUUUCCUGGAAACGGCUCAUCGUCUCACCCAUCUCGGAGCUGACAAACUAGUACAGUUGCUAAGAGACGAUGACACCAAUACCCCCUCAGGAAAACGACAGCUGGCAAAGAAAGUGGUUGCGGAGUGUCACGCCUGUCAACUAGUGAACGCAUACCUGACAAAAGGACUUCAUGGGACCCGGCUCCGGGGCUCCAGGCCCGGCCAGUAUUGGGAAGUGGACUUCACUGAGGUGCAACCUACCAAGUAUGGGUUUAAAUAUCUCCUGGUUUUUGUAGAUACUUUUUCAGGUUGGGUUGAGGCAUUUCCUACUAAGCACGAAACAGCGGUAAUAGUGGCCAAGAAGAUUCUGGAAGAGAUUUUUCCGAGGUUUGGACUGCCAAAGGUAAUUGGGUCUGACAAUGGACCGGCGUUCGUGGCCCAGGUGAGUCAAAAGAUAGCAAAAUUACUGGGGAUUAAUUGGAAAUUGCACUGUGCAUAUAGACCCCAGAGUUCAGGACAGGUACAAAAGAUGAAUAGGACGAUCAAGGAGACCUUAACUAAAUUGGUCCUAGAGACUGGCCAUAAAGACUGGGUCAUGCUCCUGCCAUAUGCUCUCUUCCGGGCUCGUAACACUCCUUCUGCUCAAACUAACCUGACCCCUUUUGAAAUUCUCUUUGGGACCCCACCUCCCAUUCGAGACCUGUCCUCCUCUGAUAUGUUUAUUCCCAAUACUGCCUUAUCUGCCCGACUACAGGCCCUCGUUCGAGUCCAACAUUGCCUGUGGAAACAACUAUCUGACCUCUAUCAGCCCACAGGAGACGGGUCCCCUCAUCGGUUCCAGGUCGGUGACUUUGUCUACGUCCGGCGACAUCAGCACCGAACGCUCGAGCCUCGCUGGAAGGGCCCCUACCAGGUUCUCCUUGUGACCCCCACUGCUGUCAAGGUUGAAGGCGUUGCCGCGUGGAUUCAUGCAUCUCAUCUUAAGCCUGCACCCCCCCCUGAUGACACCUGGACUGUCGAGAAAACUGCUAACCCCCUCAAGCUGCGUGUCAGUCACCAGGACACUAAUAUGGACACUGGUCUACUGGACAUCGGUUCUGGGAAAUGAGGCACAUACUCCGAUCCAGGU